GCAGCACCAACAUGGCCAGCGCCAUCCGAUGAGCUGGAGGACUUGCUCUAUGUCAAUUCUGGCUACCGAGCACGUGGUUUCGCGUCACCCGUCGUCCCAUGUUCGAACGGUGAUGGUGCAGAUCGCAAUUCCGCAGCUGAAUGGAUUCGGACGGCCUUCCACGACAUGGCCUCAGCUAACGUCAAUACCGGAGCAGGAGGCAUGGACGGGUCGAUCCUUUACGAGCUAGGCAGUUCGGAACAUGCUGGUGCUGCUUUUCGAAAUACCUUGACAAGAUAUGCACCAUUCUACUCCAGCCAGACAUCACUCGCAGACCUCAUCGCUGCCGGACUCUACAGUGCCACAAGAUCUUGUGGUGGGCCUGCGGUACCUGUCCGUGGCGGGCGCCAAGAUGCUGCUGGUGCAGGAGCAAUCGGUCAAGUCCCUGAUGCAGCAAACGCAAUUGGCAUUUUCAGGAACCAAUUUACUCGCAUGGGCAUUGCUGGUGUUAAUGAUACUGAGAUGAUCCAGCUCGUCGCAUGUGGGCACACUCUGGGAGGCGUUCACGCAGCAGAGCAGCCGAACAUUAUCGACUCUGGAACAUUUCCCAACAACUACGCCCAUUUUGACACAUCAGUAGCGUCUUUCGACAACAAGAUCGCUACAGAAUUCCUCUCCGGGAACACCAAGAACCCUAUGGUAUUUGGCAAAGCUUAUAGAGCGGACAACAGAGGCAGAGACUCCGACCGCAGGGUCUAUAAUUCUGAUGGAAAUUCCACCAUGCAAGCGAUGCAAGACCCUCAGACGUUCAACGACAUGUGCAAGGCUGUAUUUCAGAAGAUGAUUGAGAUUGUCCCCAGGGGUAUCACGCUUACCGAGGUCAUCACGCCUUACGAUGUCAAACCGUACGAUGUUCAAUUGACUCUGCUUGAUGGCGGUGUUUCAUUAAGCUUCACUGGAGAGAUCCGAGUCAGGACAAACUCAGGCUCCAUCAGCAAAGUGCAGCUCAUCUACAAGGACCGGACCGGCGCUUCAGCAUCUGCACCCAUCGAUACCACGGUCAAAGGAACGGCGUCCGGAUUCGAUGAUAGCUUCUCAUUCUACGGCUUCUCCGCAACGCUGUCAGCCGAGACUUCGAUCUCGUCUUUUGACAUUGUCGUCACUUCUGGUGGAUCAAGCCAGACGUUCACCAACAACGACAACGGAUACGCUGUCAAUGAUAUUGUCAUCUUCCAAGCCCCUCAAAGCUGUGCAGACGGCUCCGGAAAGCUGACUGUGGCUGCGGCCAUCCGGGGCGACGAAACACCCAGUGUGCAGGUGGUUGCGAAAGUGCCACGCGCCAGUCCCACGCCCGUCGCAAGUCUGUCAACAGCAACCGUGGCCAUGGCAUCCCCUACAAGCAUCGGGCGCUACAAGCUGUACUCUGCAGAUCUGUCUGGCUCUUCAACCAAUGCAGCGAUGUUCGGCGUAUUCGCGGGCAUCAGGUCCGACAAUUUCAAGAAGAUCAGUGACCUUGCGACAGCGUGCAAGCCAUUCAACACAGCAUCUUCAAUUCCUAGUCCAUCGUCAACUCCUGCCUCCUCUGCCGGCGUUUCUUCAAGCUCAACAUCUACUUCAUGGUCAACGCCAACUCCUAGUACGCCGGCAAUUCAGCUUGACUACCAGGGCUGCUUCACCGAGCCAUCCAAUGCCCGUGCCUUGGCGCCUGCUGAGCUGAAAAACGACGAUAUGACGAUUGAGAGCUGCGCUGCUUUCUGCAACCCUUACCAGUUCUUUGGGCUCGAAUACGGGCGCGAAUGUUAUUGCGGCAACGCUCAGAAUGCAAAGAGCGUGGCAGCCAGCGCGUCUGACUGCAAAAUGCCAUGCAAAGGUGACUCUACUCAAACAUGUGGUGGUGGUCAACGAUUGAGCCUGUACAAGACUGUCGGCUGGUCACCUCCGGUCAACGAGGCCAUCAGCGGAUACGACUACUUUGGGUGCUACAGCGAGCUCGCACCAGGGCGCACACUGUCAGACUCCAGCACGAGCAGUGAUGGCAUGACAGCGAAACAAUGUUCCGCUUUGUGCAAAGGAUCCGCUUUCUUCGGCCUGGAGAACGGAAAUGAAUGUCAUUGCGGCUCGAAACUCAACGACGGAAGCGCGCCCGAGCCCGAAGGCGACUGUUCUCUGCUCUGUCCCGGUAACACAAAGACACUAUGCGGCGCAAGCCAGCGCCUGAACGUGUACAAAAACAAAACCCCUCCCACAUCCACAAGCGCGGCUCCAAUGCCGACACCCACGUCCAGCAAGCCCGCUCUCACGGGGUACACAUACACGGGCUGCAUCGUCGACACGCUGGACCCGCGCCCGCUCAGCGCAAAGAUGACCUCCUCCUCAAGCAACAGCUACGCCUCCUGCGCCGACUUCUGCACAGGCCACCCCUACUUCGGCGUCGAGUACAGCAACGAAUGCUACUGCUCGUGGGUGCUCCCCUCCGCGUUCGAGACCAAGCCGGAGGGCGAAUGCAACAUGGCCUGCGCGGGAACCCCAACGCAGCUCUGCGGCGGCGCGAACCGCAUGACGGUCUUCAAGUCCAGCGCCAACAUUGCCGUGCCGAGCAACCCCUCCAUCGCCGAGUACGGAUACAAAGGCUGCUACACCGACGACGUAUACAACCGCGUCCUCUCAAUCUCGACGCCGGGCAACGACGCUAUGACGGUGCACAAGUGCGCCGCGGCGUGCGCGGGCAGCCACUACUUCGGCACGCAGUUCGGGCGGGAGUGUUCCUGCGGCGACAGCUUCGCGGGGGAGACAAAGGUCGUGGAUCAGGGCGAGUGCUCGAUGCAGUGCGGGGGGGACGGGGGGCAGUUUUGUGGGGCGUGGGCGCGGUUGAGUCUGUAUGAGAGU